CAUGGCUCAGCUCAACCUUGGAACAAGCGAACUCCCGCGAAUAACAGCCAGCCAUGCCGAGACCAGCGACUAGUCCUACUAGUUAUUAUCAGUUUGGCGGGGAAGCCCGCAAAAACCCCACACGGCCAGAAACUCCCGAACACCGCCUUCUUUAGCGCCGGGGCGAUUCGAUCAACUUCACUCUGGCGGACUGGCGAUCACAGUGAGGAUUCCUGCUGACUCGUGAUCUUUCAUCAUACACUUCCGGUCUCCGAUCGAUCUUGCCCUCAGAUGCGCAUAGACUGCCGUCAAGAUGAUGACCGCCAAGCGCAAGCUGCACAAUGCAGACGCAUAUGAAGACGGGCGCGUGCCCAAAAGAACCAACAGUCUAGGCUACGAUACUCAUGCGCCUUGGUUACCGGAUGCCCGGCCUCCGCGCGAAUGGCGAACACUAGGGACUCGCGCGGUCCAGCCCUCUCUUCCGCUCGAGAAUAUGGUCUCCGCCGUCCGCGAUCUCAUCGACCCUGAUUUCGAUCCGCUUAUCGCCAUCCUCGAUGACGAACCCCGUUUUCUAAAGCCACUUCCCACUCGGAUAGCACCGGAAGAUCUGGAGUUUCUGCGGUUUCGAGGCGCUCUCUCAACCCCGGAGAGUGGGCUGCGAAACGAACUACUGCGGUGUUAUAUCAAAUGGGUCCACAGUUUUAUGCCGGUGCUGAACCUGCAGGAGUUUUUACGAUGUAUCGCGCAGAAUGACCCUAAUGGAAACAUCAGCCUUUUGCUAUUCCAGGCAGUGAUGUUUGUGGCGACGGCAUUCGUGGAUCUGAAGCAUUUGCAAGCAGCUGGGUAUGCCACGAGGAAGAGCGCUCGCAGUGCGUUCUAUACGCGAUUAAGGCUGCUAUACUCGUUGGAUUGCGAGGAAGAUCGGAUCGUUAUUCUUCAAACCCUUCUCUUGAUGACCUAUUGGACAGACCACGUGAACCACCCAAAUCGAGACAUCUGGGAUUGGAUCGGGGUUUGUAAUACUCAAGCCCAGUCCAUCGGGUUGAAUCGAGACCCUAGUCCGGCUUCUCAGAUGGAUUUGAGGACCAAACGAUUGAGGACCCGAAUCUGGUGGUGCAUGUUUGCUCGGGACCGGCUCAUUGCGAUGGGCUUGCGACGCCCAACACAAGUCAAUGAAGGGACAAGCAAUAUACCCAUGCUCAACCACGACGACUUUGACUAUGAGCCCUUCCACCCGUCAGUUAUUGAGCUGUUUCGUUGUCGUCAGCUCGAGGAUGUCUCCCAUCAGAGGCGCCUCGCGACUAUGUUCAUAGAGAAGACCAAGCUCUGCCAAUGUAUUGGCCGGGUGCUUUUCGCUCAGUACACAACCUCACAGUGUCUUUUCGGCAUGACAAAUCGGACUACUAUCACUUUGAUCCCAAGACAGGCGUCUGAAUCCGAGCUGGCCCGAUGCAGCCAACGUCUUGACACGUGGCUCAACUCCCUCCCCAAAGAUGCACAGUUUAUCCCGGCAUCCAAGAACAACUUCCAGGAUGGAGAGGAUGUAUUGCUUCUCCACGGGGCCAUGGUCAGGAUGCUAUACCAUGCCACAAUCAGCGCUCUGCAUCGACCAUGGGCGCUCUUGUCCAAUAAGGACCAGACCAGGUCUCGCGUCGAGCUGGCCGACAGGGCGCGCUCAAAGAUGCAAGACGCUGCGAUUGGAAUCACACAUAUUAUUCAGGGGCUGAAUCAGCUGAACCUCACGCGAUUCCUCCCUCAGUCUGGCGUGACGGUCAUUAUCCCAGCAGCUGUUGCGCAUCUGGCAAACAUCAUGUCUGCCAAUCCGGCCGUUCGCGAAGCCAGUCUCCACAAUUUCCAGCGAUGUGUUCAGGUUCUCCAGGGCCUGAAAGACAUAUACCCUGCCGCAGAUAUGGAAGUUGCCAACAUCGAGGCUGCUGUUCGACUCCAAUCAGAUAGCACAAGCACCUUCCUGAAGAUCAUGCAAUACAGCCACUCCACCCACCUCAACCAACAGCAGCCCGCAGAAUCACCGUCGAGGAAAUUCAGCACCGUCUCAACUGUACAGACAUUAUCUCCAACCGAAGACCAAUGGGACUCCCCUCGCGAAGAGCGAGCCCAGCAGAACAGACAACAAUACACCAACCCCGAACGAGCAAACUCUAUACCGCAGGGCCAACACUCCAAGAAAUACAGCACCGCAUCCACAAUCACAAACGGCUUCCUCUCCCCCGAAAAAGAGCAACCAGACUCCAAAACCCCCUCCAAAGACUUCAACGACCAUUUCAACUCCGCCAUUCCCCCCUCCCACUCUCCCUACGAAGAAAACCCAUUCCUCCGCACAGACCUCUUCGACUUUGACAUCGAACCCGACUUCUCCCUCCCCAGCCCCAACCCAAACUCGUCGAACCCCCCAGGGUUCGGCCUCGACUGGGCCCAGGACCUACUAGGCGAGCCCGACCCCGAGCCCGAACUGAACUUCAACUAUCCCAGCUCGCCGAUGGACGACCCCGGCCGGGACAUGUUCUCGUUCUCGGACAAGCAGGACCCGCGCUCGCUGGGGCACGGCAAUACGGAUAUCACGGGCGAUCUGGACAAGGAUCUGGGGUUGCUUAAUUCGGGGGAUGAGAUGUUUUGAUGGUUGUAUAAUCUGUUUCAUUUGGCCCUUCUUUUAAGUACAUAUUUUGAUUGCAAGCGUAUAGCGUGUUUUGUAUUAGGGAUUUCAGUACAUACGUCCUUGAUUUUCUAGCCAGGGCGGCAGCUUUCCCUUUCUGUUUUCAUGCCUACUUUCUACUGCUUUUUACUCACUGGGUAGAUCUGAGUAGCCCUAAGAACUUCAUUUCUAUAUAGCUGCGCG